UAAUUAUUAUUAAUAAAAGCAACUUCUUAGUAGACGCAUUUCAAUAUUUUGAAAUCUAUAUAAAAUAAGUUUUUUAAACCAUUCUUCCAACAGACGAAAAUGAACCAGUUGAUAGCAACACUCUGCGCUUGUUUUAUAGCCACAACCUUCGGGGCCAAAUUACCUUCUGGUUUCAAAAAGUGUAGCGUAAACUUAUCCUCAGAUAAGUGUUUGCCGAAAGCCAUCGAAAAUGCAAUAAGGCAGAUGGAUCGUCCCAUAAAAAAAUUGGGCUUAGUGACCCUAGAACCCUUGGUCAUUCCGUCCCUGAUUAUAGAUUCCGGUUCUCAGUAUGUGGCUACUAAGCAAAUUUUUAAAAACAUGAAACUAUCGGGUUUUAAUGAAACUUCUUGUUCCAAAGCUGAGUUUAAGUAUAACGAAAAAACGCUAAAUCUGGAGUGCGUCGUGCCAAAUUUCCGAGCGGACUACAAUUAUGAGAUACAUGGACAAAUCAUGCUGGUGUCUGUUUAUGGAAACGGGACAGGAUGGUCCAUUUUGCGCGAAAAUCAAGUUAGACUAACUUUUAAAUUUGGAGAAUAUGAAAAAAACGGUAAAAAGUAUUUUAAUAUCCUUCAUCAACAACUUCAUAUGCAACCCAGGGAUGUUGAUUUUGAUCUUCAAAAUUUGUUUGAUGGUGAUGAGGAAGCGGCUCGUCGUUUGAAUAAGAUAAUGAAAGAAAAUGUCUUGGAAAUAUAUUACGAUAUUAAAGAUGGUUAUGAAGAAGCUUUUGGAAAAAUAUUUGCUUAUAUUUUUGAAAAGAUUUUGGAAAAAGUGCCUGUUUUUGAUAUUUUCGGCUAAAGAUGGGUUUCGAAUUUACUUGUAAUGACAUAAAAUGUGACACAAAAAUCCAUUUUUAAAUAAAAAAUAACCAAUACAAA